UAUGUUCCUCAGAUCUGGCAGUGUUUCAGACCAAGAAAAACCAUGUACUGAGGAGCAAGUUGGCUUGGCAUGAUAUCAGAACCCUGUAAUGGAGCUGUUACCAACACUCCUUUUUCCUGUUCUAGCAGUAUAAUUAAACAGUUAACACAUUUCAGAAAUAAUGGUAUAAUUAAUGUAAUUAAGCAGGGCCUCUUUCACUAGAAAAGAGUGUGGUAAAGCAGCACUGCUGUUUCUCUGAUGUGAGAAAUGCCCCUUUAUUUUCAUCUGCAUCUUUCACCUGUUUACACAGAGGUAAAGAGCAAGGCCAAGUUUUUAAAAUUGCUCCAAAUGCCAUUUUCAAAAGCUGUACCCUAGCAGCACACAUCUAAUUGGGAAACUGGUGAGUUCUGGUCUUAGAAAAAAAGGCUGCUUAGACGAUUUGGAAAACACUGCCCCAAAUUUGCCUUGCGUUUUUUUGCCCUGGUUUUACUCAGCUGACCUGAUGUGUUCAUUUCAACAGACCUCUCCCUCAGAUGAGGCCAGCAAGAAGCAGCUGUUAAUGCCCCAUCGCCCAUCGGUGGACCACUCGGAUGAACCCUUCCAGAGGCAGAGGGCAGUGAGUGCUGUCAGCAUCAUCACCAGUGCCCUGGAAGGUAAGUCGUGUCUUUGUUUCCCCCCCAAAGCCAAGUGCAUCUUGGUUGGCAGGAAGAAAGUAGCAAGUAAAACCUUCAGGUUAAACCCUUUUGUUUUGGGGAGAAAAAAUUGCAGAAAUAUUACAACCCCUAUAAUAUGAGCAGUGCCUUGACAGAAGGCUGUGUAAUCUUACCAUAGACUUGUAAACAUCCUGACAAAAUGCUGGUAUUAUAAUCAGAGUUGGAUCUGCUAACAUUUUGUUUACCCUCGGCUUCUGAUGCACAGAGGGCUAACCAAGAUGAAGUGUAGCAGAGCACAAGACUUUGCAUUACAUUUACAAGUAUUAUACCAUCAUAGAAUGGUUUGGAAGAGACCUCAAAGCCCAUCCAAUUUCACCCCCUGCCACAGACCAGGACACCUCCAAUCAGCCUAGGUCUUCUGCAUUGUAAAUUGAGACUGAAUAGGAAGUAAUGACUAAGAGUAUAGAAGACUAUCAAGAAGUCAGAGUGGAACACAGGAAGUUUUGGAUUCUCCAGGAGGUUUAUUCUUUGUGUUACUGAUGGAUAAGAAGGUAAUGCAAGACUAGAUGACUUGUCUGGGAGGUGUAUAGGAAGGAACCAGACCUGCCUCUUUGGAGACAAAGCCCAGCCUACAACCACAAAGCCCAUCUUCUUCCUCAGCUUUUUACAGCCUUUUUGUUCAUGGUCAGCAGGACUGUGGUCAGAACAGAUACAUAUAUUUAAGUUAAUAAGGAUUUAUAUUCUUAAUAGGUGCAUAAUCACUUCACUAUAUGCCAGUAUUCAGUAUGACCUGCAAAGGUGGUUUUUUUUUCUUUGUUUUCAUUUGGGUUUUUUUUGCAGUUGACAAUGUGAAGAUGCAUAAAAGGCCUGGGCUGGACUUCUUGCACAUUCAUUUAAUGAUACUUUCUAUUAUUUAUAAUAUUUUAUCUCUGAAAUAGUCUUUGUCAAGUUUAGCAUACUUCAGAGGAUGUGUAUUUUUAUCCUCAUACAGCAGAAAUCCUUAACAAAGUUUUCCUAACCCCUAAAAUUUGAUCAGUCAUAGAAAUUAUUGACUACUUCUUAACAAGAAGAACAUCACAUCAGAGGAAAAAUUUCACAGGCUUUAGGUAUAAUAAUGGCCCUAUGUUUGGCUUGGAACAGCCAGACCAGAAAUCCCUUCCCCCUUUUGUUGCUUGAUUUCUGCUCUCGACUCUUGGGAAAGCCAUUUUUUGUCCCCAGACAUUGCAAAGCCUUGCAGUCAAGGAGGGACCUACUUUUUUGUUUGUUUGUUUAAAAAUAAGAGGGAAAAUGCCUCCAAUUUUACUUUUUCUUUUACAGGUGUCUUUUAAAAAAUAUUCAAUAUAUUGUAAUUUUCAAAGAUUAGAAAGGAUGUGAAUUCUUAAAUGGUUUAAACUAUUUUAAUGCCACGUCAUUACCAAAAGAGAGUGGUCACACCUUCUUCCUUCCCUGUUCCUGCAGUAAAUUAGGCUGCACAGAAAAUUGAUUUUCAGUGAACAAGAUCAGCUCACUUAGAAGCUGCAGGAGCACAAAGGACAGAGGAACCACAUGUAGGGGGGAGACAAAACUAUCUGCUUUACCAACAACCUGGGCUUAAAAAAGCUUUGUUGAUUGUAGAGUUUCAGGGGAGAAGCAGCACAUCUGACGUGUGCAUUGUGAAGGUAUCAAAAUCAGUGAGAGUGGAAUACACAGGGUUGGUUAGAAAUGAUCAUGAGGAGUAUGCAGAUAAAUGGGUUCUUCUGGUUCUACCUGGAAAACUAAGUCCAUUAGGAAGUGACUACCUCAAAGUCUUCAUUGCUUUCAGAGGUAGGUUUCUGAAAACAAUGCACAAUAAGGAUUUUGCAUGGAAAUUGUCUGGGUUAUGAAUGGUUCUCGCAUCAUUUUAGGCUUUCCUCUCUAAACUCUGUGUUUGGAAGCUGGAAAGAGAGAGUUAUCUGAUGGGAGCAAUUCUGCUUCCCAGAGAUGUCAGAGCAGUGCAGGUGUUUCUGCAAAAUCUGAACAUGGAGGACACCAACCAAUAUUUUGAAAAUGUGCUAGAAAGCACCUAACACUGCAGAUCUGUUGUCCAACGAAGGAAAAUGCUUUUAGAAUGCAUCCUGGCUUGAGAAAGGAGGCUGUUUAUGAACUGAUUCAAAUAACAGGCUUGGCUGAAGCUUUCCUGUUAUCACCUCUGGUUCUAAUUAUAUAGACUAAAACCGUUAUACAGCAUUCCAUGCCCAUAAAGGAAUCAGAAAAGGAAAGCAUUAAGCAAUUCUGCUAAUCAUGAUCAUUCAGCCAUUAACUGUCUUUUCUGGCUUUUCUUUUUCAUCAUUUAACACAAAUUAUACUUACAAAGCCAUUUAUCUUCUUUUGUGCUCAAAUAAAAUGAACAUAUAAAAGUUGUAUUUUAAAUAACACUUUAAAAGUACCUUUAAAAAGAACAUUGGAACUUUAGUACCACCUUCAAACUGAGUUAUGCACUCCCCUGAUUUUCAGAAGAAAUCGGACACUUAAUGCCUUUUUUGGAUUAAACAUCAAGAACAGAAUCCUUCUGAUAACCAGUGAUACUCUGGUUCUUAAAACAAUGGUAUCAUUGGCUCUGGUUCUCAUACAGGAUCUUCAACCACCCUGAUAUUUCCUGGAAAAAAACCACUACCAGGCCCACACAGUCGAAGAGGUUCCUGCAGUGCAUUGAAGAUAACUUGUUGAUGCAGAUGGUUGAGCAGACAAUGAGGAGAGGUGUGCCUUGUUCUUACAAACAAGGAAGGACUGGUUGGGAAUGUGGAGGCUGGUUGCAGCUUGGAUGCAGCAACCAUAAGAUAGUGGAGCUCAAGGUUUUAUGUAGAAGAAACAAGGCAAUAAGUAGGAUGGCAGCCCUGGACUUAAGGAGAGCCAACUUUGACCUCUCCAAGAGCCAACUUAGAGGUAUCCCAUGGGUUUGAGCACUGGAAGGUAAGGGGGCCCAAGAGAGUUUGUUAAUGUUCGAGCAGCACUUCUUCCAAGCUCAAGACUGGUGUGUCCCUAAGAAUGAGAAAUCAGGCAAAGGUGACAAGAGACCUGCAUGGAUGAGCAAGAAGCUCGUGGAAAAACUCAAAUGGAAGAAGAAGAUUUAUAGAAUGUGGAAAUGGGGCCUGGACACCUAGGAGGAAUAUAGGAAUGCUGCCAGAGCAUGCAGGGUUGCAAAAAGGAAGACUAAGGUCCAGCUGGAAUUAAACCUGAUGGGGGAGGUCAAGGACAACAAGAAAGACUUCUUCAAGUAUAUCAGUAGCAAAAGGAAUACUAGAAAAAAUGUGAGUCCACUUCAAAAUGAGGUGAGUGCCCUGGUAAUGGAGGACACAGAGAAGGAAGAGAUAGUGAAUGUUUUUGAUUCAGUCUUGACUAAGACUAAGCCUAGGGGAUUCCAGUCCCUGGGAAUAAGAAGUCUGGGAAAAGGAAGAUAUCCCUUUGGCUGGAAAGGAUCUGAUCAGAGAUUGCUUAGGCAAACUUGAUGCACACAAAUGAUGCAACCAUGAGUGCUGAGAGAGCUGGCAGAAGUGAUCACUAAGCCACUCUUUGUCAACUUUGAAGGUUUGUGGAGAAGGGAAGAGGUGUCUGAGAACUGGAGGAUAGCCAGUGUCACUCUAGUCUUCAAAAAGGGCAAGAAGGAGGAGUCAGGAAACCAGAACAAUCAGCCUCACCUCUGUCCCCCAGAAGGUGAUGAAACAACUUGUUCUGGAUGCCAUCUCCAACCAAACAGAAGAGAAGGUAUCAGGAGUAGUCAACAUGGAUUCACCAGGGGGGAAAUCAUGCUCAACUAGCAUAGUAGUCUUCUGUGAUGUCAUCACCAGCUGAGUAGAUGGGAGGAGAAUGGUGGAUAUUGUGUACACUGAAUUCCGCAAAGCUUUUGGCACAGUCUCCUGUAACAUCUUCACAGACAAGCUUAGGAAAUGUGAGAUAGAGGAAUGGACAGUGAGAGCUUGAGGAAUCACACCAGAAAUGCCCUCCGUGCUGGAACCACUUUGCUGUUAAAUUUCUCAUUUGGGAUUGCUGCCCGUUUUGGCUUUUAAUCAAGAAAUUUGUCAAGUUUGUGGUAAUGGACCCAUUUACUGACCUCACCAUCACCCUCUGCAUUGUGCUGAACACACUCUUCAUGGCCUUGGAGCAUUAUAAGAUGACAAAGGAGUUUGACCACAUGCUUUACAUAGGCAAUUUGGUCUUCACUGGGAUUUUUACGGCAGAAAUGAUCUUCAAAGUAAUUGCCCUUGACCCCUACUACUAUUUUCAGCAGGGAUGGAACAUUUUUGACAGCAUAAUUGUUAUACUGAGCCUGAUGGAACUGGGUUUAUCCAGCAUGGGGAACCUGUCUGUGUUACGCUCCUUUCGAUUGCUGCGGGUCUUCAAAUUGGCCAAGUCGUGGCCGACUUUAAAUACUCUCAUUAAAAUCAUCGGUAAUUCAGUGGGCGCCCUUGGGAACCUCACCCUCGUGCUGGCGAUCAUCGUCUUUAUUUUCGCCGUGGUAGGAAUGCAGCUUUUUGGGAAAAGUUACCUGGACAACGUUAAGAAGAUAAGCACAACUGGCAAUUUGCCACGGUGGCACAUGAACGAUUUCUUCCAUUCGUUUCUCAUCAUCUUUCGAAUCCUGUGCGGGGAGUGGAUCGAGACCAUGUGGGACUGCAUGGAAGUAGCUGGGCAGCCCCUGUGCCUUCUCGUCUUCUUGUUGGUCAUGGUGAUUGGAAACCUGGUGGUGCUCAACCUGUUCCUUGCCUUGCUGCUCAGCUCUUUCAGUGCUGACAACCUUUCGGCACCAGACGAGGAUGGAGAGAUGAACAACCUGCAGCUUGCCUUUGCUCGGAUCAACAGGGGUCUUCAGUAUGUGAAACACACAACGUGGGAUUUUUGCUGCAAUGUCCUCCGGCAUCCCAAGACGACAGCUGAGAAGAAGGCAAUGAUGAAACUUGCUGCCCAGAAUACAGGUGCCCUUAACAACUGCGUCAACAGUCACCCAACUGCUGAGCUUGGCAAAGACAUGGAGAAUCACAAAGAGAACCACACUGAGGAUGGGAUGAAUAAAAAUGUGGAGAAACACUUGGGAAUUACAGACAACGAUGACUUCAUGACCAAUCCUGACCUAUCAAUUUGUGUUCCUAUUGCUGUGGGAGAGUCUGAUAUCGAGGAGGAAGAUGAGGAGCAGAGCACAUUUACAGAAAUGGAGCAGGUAGGCAACAAGAGUCUUGAUGAAAUCAGUCUUUCUGAAGGCAGCACAGUGGAUUUGACAAAUCCUGCAGAACUGCUGGAGCAGAUCCCUGAGUUUGCUGAGGAGCUGAUGGAGCCUGAAGAUUGCUUCCCCGAAGUUUGUGUGCGGUUCUUCCCAUGCUGCUCUGUGGAUAUCUCAAAAUUUCCAGGCAAAAUUUGGUGGAGGCUCCGGAAAACUUGCUACAGGAUUGUUGAACACAAUUGGUUUGAGACUUUCAUCAUAUUCAUGAUCUUGCUGAGCAGUGGAGCCCUGGCUUUUGAAGAUAUUUACCUUGAAGAUCGAAAAAACAUAAAAACCAUGCUGGAAUAUGCUGACAAAAUAUUCACUUACAUCUUCGUAUUGGAAAUGCUCCUGAAAUGGGUGGCUUAUGGCUUCAAGAAGUAUUUCACCAAUGCCUGGUGCUGGCUCGACUUCCUCAUUGUCGAUGUCUCCUUAAUAAGCCUCAUAGCCAACACUCUUGGAUACUCCGAGAUGGGUCCCAUUAAAUCCCUCAGGACCCUCCGAGCUCUGAGACCACUGAGAGCGUUGUCACGGUUUGAAGGGAUGAGGGUGGUGGUCAAUGCCCUUGUGGGAGCCAUCCCUUCCAUCAUGAACGUUCUGCUCGUCUGCCUCAUCUUCUGGCUCAUCUUCAGCAUCAUGGGAGUCAACCUGUUUGCUGGGAAGUUUGGGAAGUGCAUUAAUAAGACAGAAGGAGAUAUGCCUCUAGACUCUAAAAUUAUUAACAACAUGAGUGACUGCAUACUCUAUAAUGUUUCUGGCACAUUUUACUGGACAAAAGUUAAAGUUAACUUUGAUAACGUUGGUGCUGGGUACCUGGCUCUCCUGCAAGUGGCUACAUUUAAAGGUUGGAUGGAUAUUAUGUAUGCAGCAGUGGAUUCACGAGAGUGUGAGGAGCAGCCUGAAUGGGAAUGUAAUUUAUACAUGUACCUGUACUUCGUAAUUUUCAUCAUCUUCGGGUCUUUCUUCACACUGAACCUCUUCAUUGGUGUCAUCAUUGACAAUUUCAACCAACAGAAGAAAAAGAUAAGUGGCCAGGACAUCUUUAUGACAGAAGAACAGAAAAAGUAUUAUAAUGCAAUGAAAAAGUUGGGAUCUAAGAAACCUCAAAAGCCAAUCCCAAGACCACUGAACAAAUACCAAGGUUUUAUUUUUGAUGUUGUCUCAAAACAAGCCUUUGAUGUCUCCAUCAUGAUUCUCAUCUGCCUUAACAUGGUUACCAUGAUGGUAGAAACAGAUGAUCAAAGUCAGGAAAAAGUGAACAUCCUCCACAAAAUCAACAUGCUUUUUGUUGCCAUCUUCACUGGGGAGUGCAUCUUCAAAAUGCUGGCACUACGACACUACUACUUCACCAAUGGUUGGAACAUCUUUGACUUUGUCGUCGUGAUUCUGUCUAUCGUAGGCACCGUACUUUCUGACAUCAUUCAGAAAUACUUUUUCUCUCCCACACUCUUCAGAGUCAUUCGCUUGGCUCGAAUUGGCCGGAUCCUAAGACUCAUCCGGGGAGCCAAAGGAAUUCGAACUCUCCUUUUUGCCUUAAUGAUGUCCCUACCUGCUCUGUUCAACAUUGGCCUCCUGCUUUUUCUGGUCAUGUUCAUUUAUGCCAUUUUUGGCAUGGCUAACUUUGCCUAUGUUAAGAAGGAGUAUGGGAUUGAUGACAUGUUCAACUUCCAAACUUUUGCUAACAGCAUGCUCUGUCUCUUCCAAAUCACAACGUCAGCUGGCUGGGAUGGUCUUCUCAAUCCUAUUUUGAACACUGGACCACCAUAUUGCGACCCAAACCUUCCAAAUGCAAAUGGUUCAAAGGGAGACUGUGGAAGUCCUGCUGUAGGGAUUUUAUUCUUUGUUACUUAUAUCAUUAUAUCAUUUCUCAUUGUUGUAAACAUGUAUAUAGCCAUUAUUUUAGAGAACUUCAGUGUAGCCACUGAGGAAAGUACAGAGCCUCUAAGUGAGGAUGAUUUUGAUAUGUUCUAUGAAAUCUGGGAGAAGUUUGACCCUGAAGCCACUCAGUUUAUUGAGUAUUCUGCACUUUCAGACUUUGCAGAUGCACUGUCAGAACCUUUGCGCAUAGCAAAACCAAACAAAAUCAAACUCAUAGCAAUGGACCUGCCCAUGGUCAGUGGAGAUAGGAUCCAUUGCUUGGAUAUUUUGUUUGCUUUUACAAAAAGGGUGCUAGGAGAAUCUGGGGAGAUGGAUGCCCUUAAAAUACAAAUGGAAGAAAAGUUCAUGGCGGCGAAUCCAUCCAAGAUCUCUUACGAACCAAUAACAACAACUCUCAGACGGAAACAAGAAGAGGUCUCAGCCAUCGUCAUCCAGCGCGCCUACAGGAGACAUUUGUUUCGGCGCUCAAUGAAGCAGGCGUCUUACUUGUACCGACACAGAACUUUCGAUGGCAGCAUCCUCGAGGACGAUGCACCCGAGAAGGAGGGUCUCAUUGCAUUCAUGAUGAAUGAAAACUACGGCAGGCCAAUAGACAAAUCAGAAACCCUGUCCUCCACGUCCUUCCCUCCAUCCUACGACAGCGUUACCAGAGGUACAAGCGAGAAUCUCCAGCUGAAGUUGACAGACUCGAGCAGAAGUGAUGAGGCCAUAGAUUGUUUGCUCUCGCCAGACAGAGAUAAAGAAUCAAUUGUUUAAAUGUCUGUUUAGAAUGCUUUAAAAUAUUGUUUACAGAAUGUAAUGCUGUAACUACACAACGAUUGAAGCAGCCUUUUUAUUAAACAUUAGUUGCGAAAGAAACAGUGGAGUUUUUACCCUUAACUACAAGAGUCUAAUAAGUCAUAUAACCUUUGACCCUGCUCUUUUUGACUUGGCUCAAUAUUUAUAUUUAUAUAUGCACAGGAAGAAUCUUGGCAGGGUCAUGGCUGUUAUAUCAAUGGUGUGAAUAGGAAUAUGCUAGACUGUAAAACAGUAAACACAGUGUAUAUCUAUCCACAGAUAAAGCCUGGCUGUAUACAUUCAUUUAAGGUCUUACUCAUAUUAGUGUGUUUACUUAUGGCAAUGUAUGACCUUGCAUUCUAAAAAGAAAAAAAAAAUAUAUCACAGCUGCUGUAGCAAAAUGUAACACUUACUGUAUAUGUUGUGAAUGGUCUUUCAUAAAUUUAUUAUAUUUGAUAUUUUUUUACUUAAAAAAGUCUCUUUUUCCAUGGAGAUUAAUGAUCCUUACACUCUUCAUGAUGAACUCUGAGUCAAGGUAAUAGGAACUUGCGGGAUCCCGGUUGUUUGAAGAGGAAAGUUGUUGCAAAGUAAACCAUCCAGUUAGCAACAUUUAACUGUUUAUUACACUCAGCUCUCCCCGCUGGGACUUGCAACUGCUCAUCAGCAGGAACAGAAAAAGAAAGAAAGAAAAAAAAAGAAAAAAAAAAGAGAGAAGGAAAUUAUGACAAAAAUCGUAAGAGAAAUUGCUUGUUUUAUCCUUCAGGAACCAGAGAGUAAUGGAUUCUGUUUGUAAACCUGUUAAUAAAAGCACUAAUUUUGUAGUUUGUUUCAAGAAUCUGCUUCGAAUACUGCAAUCAAACUCGCCAUAGAAGUAGUGCAUCACUUGUGUGUAGUGCUCAAGGCACCGUCUAUGCUGGCAGAGUUAAAGGCAUGGGAUAGGCUAUGUUUUCCCAGGAACACUGAGCUAAGCAGCCUUUUUGGAAACUCUGUGCAUCAAUAUUACUCCAAAAAUAGUAUUAUUAAUCAUAACAACACUGAUUGGGUCACGAGGAAUGGCUGCAGCAGUGUGUUCAAGAAGGUUGGAGGGGAAUCGCCCCUGGAUCUGUACGUAACCCUUAAGGUUUUGAAUCCUUUCUUCUCAGCAUUCAUCUUUCAUUUUAUCAGAUGGUAGAGAUAGAUGACUGGGGAAGGACAAGAAAUAUAGGAACCAAUGAUAAGAGUCCACUAGAAAAUAGAAACAUCCUCAUUCCUGCAGGCAAAGGAAUAUUUACAGCUGAUGCAUCCAUCAGCUUCAGGCCAAAGAAAUGACAACAGAAUGGAAGGUGGAUGUGUGGCUGUAGAAAAGUAUUAGAGGUUUUAUGUGCUAACAUAGCUUAUUAUUUAUUAUUAAACUUCCAGCUGUGGUAGAAUAUGAGAAAGUAUCUAUGGAAUAUAGAGACAAUUCUGUCAUUGCAGACAGGUUCUUUCUUUUUCACCUUCAGACUGAUUGUACUUGGUUUGGUUGAACUUUGUGAAAAAUCUUGAGAUUUCUGUAAUGAGCCAUUGCACUUUAAGGAAGAGUAAUUGUGCUUUUCACCUUGGAGAAGCAAAGAUAUCAAGAAUGUAUUUAAGGUGUAUUGUGAUUGACAUUUAGUUACAUCCCAGGUUGUAAAGGUGUCAAAAUCCACAUGGGGUUGGCAACAAGAAUUAAAGCAACAUGUUACAGCAAAUUUUGUCUAUGGCCAUUGUUCUGUCCUCUAAACAAGUCAAAAUGUGUAAAGACAACAUGUCAAGAGGAUGACUAUGUAUCUGUAAAUACGGGCUAAUUAUUCUCUCCAUUCAUUGAGAGGUGUCUCAGGCAUUCAUUUGACAGUGGGCUAUUGGAUAAUGCAGAGGAUUUGCCAGCAGGAUUCCUGGGGUCUAUUCCUGAUUCUUGCUACAUGAUUUUUAGGCAAAUAAUUGAACCUAUCUGUGCCUCAGUUUACCCAUCUGUAAAAUGGGGGUAAUAAUACUUACCUACCUCACAGGGGUGUUGUCAGACUUUCUGGUUGCAAAGUGCUAUAAGGGAAUGAAACGUAUUCUAUAAGUAUUAUAAUAAUAAUCAUGCUCUCUUGCCCUUUUAACCCCAUGUCUAUGGUGUAUAACAUAGGGCUGUUCCUCUGGAGAUUUUGUUGCCUUUAAAUCUUGUAUGUAAUUAGAUUCUAACCUAAGGGAACUACUCUUCGUUCCUUAAAGUGAAAACACUCUUUAUUCUUUCCUCCCUCCUCACCAUCCUUUCCCCUCACCCCCCUCUACCCCAAAAAAAGAAAAUUGCUCAAGGCUUCUCAAAUUAGAGAAACUUUAUACGGAUUCCCUGUGUAUUUAUGCUGUAAUCUUAUUCUGACUGUACAUAUCACCCAGAAAGAGUAUGCGAUUUUUAUAUUUAUAUGCAUAUACACACACACACACACAUAUACCCAUACCUAUAUAAGUAUAUUGUGAGUUUAUAGAGUGACUGACACUCAGAGGACAUGACUUACUGAUUAAAAUGUUUUGUUCUCAGUGGGAUUUAUUGAUUAUUAGAAAUGAGCUGCUGCCUAUAAUGAAACUGUUUAAUUAGGAAAUAGUACAUGCAUUACCUGCUGAACAAGCAUUUUAUUGGCUGACAACUGGUAAAAUUAUUUUCCUUUCAAAGCUUUGGAAUGAAAAAAAAAAAAAAAAAGGAGGAAAAAAGCUAAGAAUUAAGAGGAUUUCUUAUCUAAUUUUUACCAUUCAAUACGUAAUAUUCAAAACAAGCAACAAAAAAGUCAUCCUGCACAUAGCAAUGCUGUGCUGAUCACUGUUUUACAAAUACUUUAAUUAUUUGCAACUUAAAUUCAACUUGUAUUCUUAAUAAGAGUGUGGCCCUGUGAUGAAUGGGAUGCAGUGCAAAGAUAAGCUGGCAACUGGUCAUACUAGAGAAGAGCUCUUCCUCGGGUCAUUUCACUCAUGCGUUGAACAUUUCAUUGCCAUUGCUGUGAGAUCCUGUAGUACUACUGCAAUAUAACUGGUUCUGGUUUUUACCCAAAA